CGCAUGUCGCAUUGCGGCGAUGUAUUGACACCGAGCAUCCAUAAUGGAUGUGUAUUGCUGAGAGGCGCGUCAGUGUCGGUGUGAGCAGAAUUCAACCAGUCUAGCUUCAGUCACCCUACUGCACGCCGCGCGCACAACUCAAGCAACAUGGCAAACGGACUUACUUCACAGCAGGAAGCAGAAUACACGGCAAUCUUUAAGAAAUUCGACCGUGACGGUGAUGGCCAAAUAGACGCCGAUGAAUUGGCGUCGGCGUUGUCAACAUUUUCGAAAACAACCAUUUCUCGGGAAAGAGCUUCCAGGAUUAUAGAUGACAACGACACCAACAGGAAUGGUACCAUCGAGAUCAAUGAGUUCAUUGCGUUCAUGAGCAUAAUGCUGAAGAUGGACUCACAAUUCAAGAAGGAUGACAGGAUGAAGAGGAUGUUUGAACAAUUCGACAAGAACGGUGACGGCAAAAUCACCGCCGCAGAACUCAAGUCAGUCUUGACGGGGACCUGCCCCGACAUCACCGAAUCCCAGGUGAAACAAAUGGUCAAACAGGCUGAUCUGGAUGGGGAUGGCAAGAUCGACUAUAAUGAAUUUGUGCAAAUGAUGACAUAGACGUCGGCAAGGACCACAGCAACGCUAUUUAUUACUUUUUCUAAAUAUUUCACUUCGCUCCAUUUACAUCGAAGUCACACAACGCGGACCAAGGUUCGGAAGUUAUUUAAUAGGGAACAGCUAAGUGUAGGUAUGAGAACUUACGACCCACACACCUUGCUACAGAAAUAAGGGGUAUCAGUUUGAAUUUAUGUACACCAUUUAAAAGUUCUUUCUGUUCCUUUUGGCCUAAUGGAAGGAAUAGAUGACAAAUUGUACUCUUUCAGUUUUGGUGUAACUAUGAAUCAGAAGUCAAAAUUUCGUUUGCUUAACAUAUGCAUCUGAAACUACAUCCCUGAAUGUGUUAAAUUAAGGGUUGACUCUAUGUAAAGAUAAAAAAUAAUAAUUUCGCUAUUUUAAACACCUUGGUCGAGAGAAUGUUUAUGUCCCUUAUCCAAAAAACUGCAGCAGGAGUUCUUUUUUAAAAAAACAGGGAGCCAUUACUACAAUCAAAAAAUCAAUUUGUUGUGACCUUUUUGAGAAUUUGUCGUGUUUUCGGUUCUAUGUGCGAAACUUAAAACGUCUUGUAUCGAAGUUAUAUAUUCUGGGCGAUAUAUUACCUUUGUCCGGUGAAAGUAUGUACCGCAGAAAAAUCCUGGUAAAUGGGUUUCCGUUUUUUAGUAGUAUCAGCUGAAUGUAGAGUUCGAAAUAGGAAGUUCAUCAGCUGACCAGUAAGACUUUUUCUUGACCAGUAUGAUCUGUCGUUCCCCCGGGCCACAUUUGGGUGUGGUCUCUCCAGUAGAGGGACAAUCUGGUCUUCAGUUUUAGGACUAUGGUUCUUUACGCCAAACAUGGAUGCUGACUUAUAUCAGCAGGUACAACCAACAAACGGAUCAUGACGCUUGUCAUUUUUUAAUACUCAAGUGUGUACUUUCAGCAGUCUUUGUUUUCUGAAUAAAUCUUUUCAUGAUCAUC